UUGGGUUUUAAAGAUUUGCCACAGCUGUACGGUACCGGUACUGAUUUUGAUAUUUUUAAAGCUGGGUUAAGGCUUGUUGUAUAUAAAAGCCAUGGCCAAACAUAUCACCUUUCAAUCACUGACAUCAGAAUCAUCCCUUUUGACAUGCUUAUCCUUAGCUGUGUUGUAUGUGGGAAGUCUGUACAUUUGGACAAGCAAAUUGCCCAGAGAUCAUCCUCGAACAAUCAAAGAAAGAUUUCGAAGAGUGGUAUUUACAUGCAUUGUCAGUGUGGUUUUGUUGUAUUUUGUGUCUGAGGGCAGCACACAAGACUUCCAAAACUCAGCCACUUUGCUUCAGUGGCUGGGCAUACGGACAGAUGGUAUUUUGGCAGCGUCUAUAUUCCCUCUCACUCUGUUCCUGAUCUUAUUUCUUGGACCAUUAUAUUUGAUGUUACUAAGUGACUUUUCAGAGCUUCAUCCUAAUAACUGGAAAAAAUACUUCUAUGAUUUGAGAUGCUGGAGAAAUUACGUUGUUGCUCCAUUCUCAGAGGAACUUGUUUUUAGAGGUUGUAUGUUGCCACUGUUACUACCAGUCUUUGGGCCAUCAAUAUCAAUCAUACUUGCACCAAGUUUCUUCGGAGUUGCUCAUAUUCAUCAUGCAUGGGAAAAAUAUUAUAAGGAGCAGUAUCCAUUCAGUACUGUGGUGAUAUCAACAGUUUUUCAAGCCUUUUAUACAUCUUUGUUUGGUGCGCUUUCAUCAUGGCUAUUCUUGCGAACUGGGCAUCUUCUGAGUGCUGUAAUAUGUCAUGCAUUCUGCAACAUGAUGGGAUUCCCAGACUUUUCAGCGGCAUUUCACCAUGAAGAAAAAGUGAAAAUAUGCGCAGCAUUUGUGUGUGGUCUUCUUUUGUUUUUUAUUUUUGCAAAUUCCCUAACUGAUCCAACUAUUUAUAACAAUCAUCUUUAUUAUAUUACUACGUGACCAUGGGAUCCAGUAGUGAAAUAACUUAUAAUUUUUUUUUUCAUUGUAGUUUGCUA